GCUGGAGGCUGCAGCUGUUGCAGUCACAUAGGAUCGAGCUGCGCUCCCUGUUACAAGCCUGUCUAUUAUUUACCACAGAAUUUCUUUUAUAUAUAUCCGCCUGGUGGGGCAUCGCACAUCACUGCCAAGGUCUGCCCUCGCAUUGGAUCGCCCUGCUCAAGUCCUCCUGUACCCAUCCAGGGCUUCACCGUUGGCACUUGGGUCCAUCAGUAAGUAGCAUGUUGGAGAGCAGCUGUAAGGUGGUGAAGGAAGGACUUCUGGAGAAGAGGAGCGAUGGUUUGCUGCAGCUGUGGAAGAAGAAGAGGUGCCUGCUGACCGAGGAAGGUCUUCUGCUCAUUCCCCCCAAACAUCUGGAGCAGCAGCAGCAGCCUGGCUCCCCGGCCGAACCCGCCAGGAUCAAGGAGCUGCAUUUCUCCAACAUGAAGACGGUGGACUGUGUGGAGAGGAAGGGCAAAUACGUCUACUUCACAGUGGUCAUGGCAGAGGGCCGGGAGAUUGAUUUCAGGUGUCCACAGGACGAGGGCUGGAAUGCAGAGAUCACAUUGCAGAUGGUGCAGUAUAAGAACAGACAGGCUAUCCUGGCCGUCAAGUCCACCAGGCAGAAGCAGCAGCACCUGGUCCAGCAGCAUGGCCACCGCAUCAGGAGCACCUCCAACUCUGCAUAGCCCUCAGCUGCACUCCGUCUGAUUCCAGGUUGAAUUGAGGACGCACUUUACUGGGUACAAGUCUUUUGCUCACCUCCCCUAAUACAUUCAAGAAUUUAGCUAUGACUGUGCUGGCCUAAUGACAUAUGCUGCAGCUGAAGACAUGCAGGAAUGUCUGCACUUAUCUAUGGACCAUAGGAUGUACGCUAGAAAUGGAAAAUAUGUGCGGACAUAAUGUACAUUCAUUUUACUGUAUUCUAUUUAUUUCUUCCUUUUUUGCUAUGUGCCAAACAUGACUGUAUAAGGCGAACAGCUCAUUGUAAUGAUGUGUAUUCCGCUCCACGUCUCGCUUGGCUUCUCCAUUCUGAAAGCGCUAAAAUGCUUCACCUAAGCACACGAUAGGUUGUAUUUCUUUUCUUUUCCUUACCAUGGAGGACACAGGCAUUUUUCUACUAGGAUUUACACCUGAAAUUAAAUCAUAUGAAAUAUUUUUCUUUUCAGCUGAAUAAACCUGAAAGACAGAAGAAGAUGAAAAUCAAAUAAUAGAAUCUGACGGUUCUGUUUGGUCAGGCCGAUAAUUCCCAUCUGAUGUUUUCUCUCUUCGUGUUGUCAGCUGGAUUUGCAAUGUUCAGACGCUGUAUAUUUGUAGCCAGAAUGCAUCUUCUAUCAGCUCUAUAAAGGAUGAGAGAACUUCACAGGGGAGUAAUCCAUUUAUGUUUCUCCCCGGUCUUGGUAAAUUUGACAUUGGGGAUCCUCACAGUAAAAUAAAACCUGAACCUUGGUUCAGAAGAAGAGACAGGAAUGAUCUGUUAUAAACCUGCUAUAUAUACAGGUUGUUCCAAUUACUGUUCCUGCUGCUUGUAGUGCAUAGUACUCUCUGAAGGUGCCAGCAGCUAAGGAACUACAUGGAGGAGGCCCAAAAGCCACAUGUCCUUUGGGGCACAUUUAGAUGGGCAGAUUGUUGGGAACAAAUGUUUGCAAGAAUGGUCAUUCUCAAAAAUUUGCUUGACAAUUGGGCCAUGUAAAUCCACCUUUAGGCAGUUGAAAUCCAACAGUCCUUAUCUUCUCUGACAUCUCCCAUCGGGGGAGAGUCAGGUGGCCCCCAUACUCAUUUUAUGCUGCCCAAAUCAGCUGGUUUGGCCAACAUUAAUGAGCCAGCUUAACACAUUUCUUGAUAAGUUUAAGAACAUUUAAGAAACAUGAUAUUGCAACAAAGGCUAUUGAAGGUAG